AGGCAAAAACGAAGUGCUAACAAAACUCCCCCCUUUCUCCUCCUGUCAGUGUUUCUUCGUCUCCACUUCUUCUCAAACCAGAAUAGCUGACAGCACCCUCCCAACCACCUUUGAUCUAGGUUGUUGUUUUCUUCCUCUGAAUUUAAAUGAAAUGGCUCAGCAGAAAAGACCCCCAAAUAGCAGGGGCUACUACGUUAAGAUGAAACUCCUUCAAAAACAUGGCAGACCUCAUCAUCACCAUCACCAUCACCAGCAAGAAAAAAACUGCUUCUACAGAUACUACAAAUGGGUUCUCUGGCUUUCUCUUUCUCUCUAUUUCUUCACUUCCUACCUCAUCAGCAACAACAACAACCACCACACCAAAAAACCUUCUCACGUCUCCAGAGCACUCAUCCAAUCAAACCACACCACAACUCCUCAACAUGCUCUUAACUCUCCAGAAUCUUUGAAGAAGUUGAAGGUGUUUGUCUACGACCUUCCUCCGAAGUACAACACGGAUUGGUUGACGAACGAGAGGUGCAGCAAACAUUUGUUUGCGUCGGAGGUUGCAAUUCACAGGGCUUUGUUGACCAGCGAGGUUCGCACGUUUGACCCAUACGACGCUGACUUUUUCUUCGUCCCCGUUUACGUGUCUUGCAACUUCAGCACCGUGAAUGGCUUCCCCGCGAUUGGCCACGCGCGCUCCCUCAUCGCGUCCGCGGUAAACCUCAUCUCCUCGGAGUACCCCUUCUGGAACCGAAGCAGAGGCUCCGACCACGUCUUCGUCGCGUCGCACGAUUUCGGCUCGUGUUUCCACACCCUGGAGGACGUGGCGAUGGCUGAUGGCGUGCCAGAGAUUGUGAGGAACUCGAUCGUGUUGCAGACGUUUGGCGUUGUGUACGAUCACCCGUGCCAGAAGGUCGAACACGUAGUGAUUCCACCGUACGUUUCGCCGGAAAGUGUAAGGGACACGAUGGAGAAUUUUCCGGUGGACGGACGGCGAGAUAUUUGGGCUUUCUUCCGAGGGAAAAUGGAAGUCCAUCCCAAGAACGUUAGUGGACGAUUUUACAGCAAGAAAGUGCGGACGGUGAUAUGGAGGAAGUUCAACGGUGACCGGAGGUUUUACCUGCAGAGGCAUAGGUUUGCCGGUUACCAGUCAGAGAUUGCACGUUCGGUGUUUUGUUUAUGUCCUCUGGGGUGGGCCCCAUGGAGUCCGAGGCUGGUCGAGUCCGUCGCCUUGGGUUGCGUGCCAGUUGUCAUAGCGGACGGUAUUCGGUUGCCGUUUGUCUCCGCGGUGAAGUGGUCGGAGAUAUCGGUGACGGUGGCGGAGAAAGACGUGGGGAGGCUGGCUGAGAUACUGGAGCGCGUGGCGGCGACAAACCUGAGCACAAUUCAAAGGAACCUGUGGGACCCAGCAACGAGGAGGGCCCUACUUUUCAACAGCCAGGUCCAGGUAGGGGAUGCCACGUGGCAGGUCCUGAGGGCUUUGAGUGAAAAGCUUGAUAGAUCCUUCAGAAGCUCGAGGGUUUCACGCCAAUUGGAUUUUGACACGUAAGAGGGUUUAAAGUUAAACUCGACGACAAGUUGUGUUUAUUUCUUCACUCACCCGUGGUAAUGAAGAUGACAUUUCAAAAACACACGCUGCAUGGACAAUAAUAAAAAUAAAGAAAUAGUGAUGAUAAUAUUAAUAUUUGGUGGAUGACAGCUGGAAUUUCUUCAGAGAUGGAAUUUAAUGACUCAUGUUGGGGCCCAAAGUAGCAGCUUCAAGACUUUCUUCGAGUAUAUUAAUGGUGACGUGGUUGUGGUGAUGAUGACAUGGCAAGAAUUCAUUCGUUGGUUUUGCGGCUUGGACUGAAAAAUAUCUGUGGAGCUAAAUCAUUUUUGCUUGUGAAUAAAAAUAUAAGAAGAAUACACAAAUUUU